AUGCGACGCGAAACAUUUGUCGUAUCUUUUGUUGGUUAUGGACUGAUUGAUCGUGCGCAUCGUAUCGGUCAAAAGAAACAAGUUCGGGUGUUCCGUUUUAUCACUGAAAGUACCGUUGAUGAGCGUAUCAUUGAAAGGGCAGAGAUGAAGUUGCGACUCGAUUCUAUUGUCAUUCAACAGGGACGUCUAUCGGAUGCUCAAAAAGCGUUAGGCAAAGAUGAUAUGUUGGAUAUGAUCCGUCAUGGUGCGGAUCAGGUGUUUGCGUCGAAAGAUAGUAUGAUAACAGAUGAGGAUAUCGACUCGAUUCUCGAAAAGGCAGAACAAAAAACUGAGGCUCUUAAAAAGAAACUCGAUUCACUGGGUGAACCGUCACUGCGUAAUUUCACAAUGGACGUGCCAGGGCCAUCGCUAACUGAAGACGGUUCAUAUACGGUGUAUAAGUUCGAGGGUGAGGAUUAUCGUGAGAAGCAAAAGCAAAGCGGAGUUGGAUAUUGGAUCGAACCACCGAAAAGAGAACGAAAAGCGAACUAUCAAGUGGACGCUUAUUUCAGAGAAGCAAUGCGUGGAGGUCAUUCAGAACCGAAAGCUCCAAAAGCACCUCGUCCACCAAAACAACCAAACGUUCAAGAUUUUCAGUUCUAUCCAAAAAGAUUAUUCGAACUGUUGGAGAAAGAGGUCUAUCUUCAUCGAAAGACUAUUGGUUAUAAGGUGAGUUCGUUCUCGUUUUCGUUCAGCUGA